UCCUGUAAUAUUCAUACCCCAAGAAGCAAGACGGGUUUGUGUAGGCAGUCUGUUUAAUGUGGCUAGCCACAUAGUAAAAGCUUGUUUAGGGACUGCACCUUUAUACCAUACAAUUGGGGCCCAAGAUUUUGUUGUUUCUCGGGGUCUGAUGGCUUCCCGUGUCUGAGAGGAAGAGUAGCCAUUGCAUAGAGUUACGUUCACCUUCCAGCAGUAGGAGUCAUCCUCUUCUAAGAUCGUGGGAGGGGUGAUGGAUGUGAGAGCAAUGUGAAGCUGCCUCUGAUCUCGGAGAAGGGAGAGUCCAUGAGAUACCAUUUGAGGCAUCAGACACUUUAGCAUUCAGAGGCAUCAUACUAUAUAAAAGAUAUGUAAUAUUAUAUGAAAAUUAUCUAUCUAUCUCUAUCGUACUAUAUAAAAGAGAGUUUUCCUCUUCUUCUCAGCGAGACACGUUAGGAAAUGGGUUUCUGAAAACAUGCCUAUACAUAGGGCUGGGCACCAAUACUCGUUACUUGCCUUAUACCCGCUAUUUGAUCCGUACUUGCCUCGUUUUUACAAGUACUCGUCGUUACCAAAUCAAGUAUCAAAUCGUUGAGUUUUGCUAUUUGCAAGUACAAGGCAAGUCACAAGUAUGACAAAAAAAAUUACGACUCGCCUUGAUAUUACUCGUUACUUGUUUUACGACUAAAAAAUGAUAACUAAACCAUAAAAACCAAAGCCUUAAACAAAUAUUUUUUUGGUGUAAGAAGUAAACAAUACUUUCUUAUCGAAUCUCAUUUUUUUAGAUGCAAAUAUUGUAUUUAAAAUAAGUCUCGUGUUCUUACCAAGUCGAGUAAAUAAAACAAACUUCAUAACCUUCUAUCGUAAGAUAUUAUCUAUCAAGUAAUUUUUAGAAACUUAAAAAUAUAUACAAGUAAUUAAUAAAUAUUUUUAAGUAGCAAGUAAUCGAAUCAAGCAAGUAACUUGCAAGUAACAUAUUUUUGGACAAGUACUCGAAAUAACAAGUACUUGUUUCCGACAAGUCAAGUACAAGUCGAAAAAUCAAUUACUCGUUUAAAACAAAUCAAGUAUCAAAUAUAGGUAAAAAAGCAAGUACCCGCCUUGCGCCCUCCCCUACCUAUACAUUUAAAACACAACCACCACUGACAGAGUAGAACAUAAUAAAUUCACAUUUUAAAUAUAGAGAAAUAACAAUUGAACAAACCGCAAACGAAGAGAAAGUGUCUACGUGGUUAAAUGUGUAUCUCAGCGUCAUUAUCUAUCGGAGUUCAACUGAUAAACAAACCAAUAGACCGCAAAUAAGAUAAGAUCCAGCAAAAAGGCUUGUAUAAGUAUCUCUUCAGCAUCAAAGGCUUAUACCCGAAACAAAUGUGAGAGAGAGAGAGAUAGACAGAUGGAGAGGACUAAUCCGCACCUUCAAGUUUUCAUCAGUUUCCGUGGCAAAGACGUUCGCGGCAACAUCCUCAGCUCCUUGAAAGAAAAAUUAAAAGAUGAAGGCGUCAACGUGAAGACGGACGAGGAAAUGCCUAGAGGAAGAAAGAUCGAUGAGAAUCUACAGAAGCUGAUAAAAGACUCGAAAGUGGCGGUGGUGAUCUUCUCAGAGAACUAUCCAGAGUCGCCUUGGUGCUUGGACGAGCUAGUGGAGAUCGAGAAGCAAAUUGAGGAAACGAAGCUUAAACCUCUUCCCAUCUUCUUCAAGGUUAGAGCCACACACGUAGCACUUGAGGACCAUAAUCCUUUCAAAGAUAUUCUACUGCGGUUGGAAGACAACGAACGAGAAAAUGCCAGAAACGGUUCUAGGGUGGGCUCCGGACGGAUGCACUGUUGGUCCUGUUUCCUGAGCCAGCGCUUGUUAAAGGAUGCAGACAAGAGGUUUGUCAGGUGGAGGGGAGCUUUGAAAUCUAUAACGGGUUAUGCGGGCUUGAAGUAUAUAAAGGACAGCAACCAAGCCCUCUUUGUCAACCAAAUCGUGGAGGCUGUGAAGGAAAUGUUAGGCAAAGUACAAUCAUCAGAUGAUGUGCAUGACCGGAUCAGGGGACUACAUAUUGUGCGACAACAAAAAGUGUUCAUCAGUUUUGGGGGUCACGAUGAUUACACCCGCCUUGGUUUCAUUUCUCAUCUCCAAGCUGGCUUGAAAAGAAGUGGAAUCAACUUUUACAUAAAUAUUGAAAACAUGACUAAAGGAUAUGACCCCGAAGAGCUUAUCAUGAAUGUCCGAGAGUCGAGGAUAGCGCUUGUGAUCUUCACUGAGAGCUACUUGAGCUCUGCAUGGUGCUUGGAGGAGCUAGUGGAGAUCAACAAAUUCACGAUGAGUCUUGUAGUCAUUCCAAUAUUCUACAAAGUGGAACCGAAAUAUGUAAGGGAUGGGAGGCUAGUGGAGAUCAACAACCAGUUAGUCUUGAAUUGGGGAGCUAAGGACGCCAGGAUCGACAGAUGGAAGCAGGCUCUUAACUCAGUUGGAGAGAUGUCAGGUAUUGUGUCUGCAAACCUAAGCUCGGAGGCAGAACUCGUUAAAUAUAUCAUCUAUGAAACUAAGCGGACGUUAGCCAAUAUUUCAUCCAGCUAAAGAGAAUUUAUUUCCACCCAUUCUAGGAUCUUCAUGGUCCUCGUCUGCGUUUCCAGUCAUCUUUAUAUAACAUGCGUGCAUUUGUGUUGAACUUAUUACAAUUAAAGUAUGUGUUGCGUAUCACAUGUGCUUCUUUGAUUUCCAAACCAUCAUCCAAAUAAGAAGAAAUGAUUAUUGAUUA